UUGAGAUGGAGCAGCCCACCAGCCACCCUUUGAAUGCCACAGCCGGUCAUGUGAUCCGCUGACUAACCCCCCUGACGUCGGCGAUGAAUGCGCCCCGCCCAGCCAGCCAAGCCAGCCAGAGCCGACAUCCUCCCUCUCUCGACCAUGUAGAUAGCCUCAAUGACUGCUCCAUCCAUCCGCAUCCCCUUCACUGGCCCGCUGCCCCCACCAAUUAUCGUCCCUCCGUCCGCGCGCACGAUUGCCGGUGCCAUUGAUGCGCUCCGCGCCUUCCUGACAGCCCCUCCGUCCCCCUACCUGCGUGGCGUCGACGUUGGCCGACAUUCGCAGACGGUGCUCCUGACGGGCGCUGGCAUCUCCGUCGCGUCGGGCCUGUCCGACUACCGCGGUGAGAACGGUACCUACGUGACGAACAAGACGUAUCGCCCGAUCUACUACCACGAGUUCGUCGCUCGCCAUGAGUUCCGCAAGCGGUACUGGGCUCGGAGCUUUGUCGGAUGGCCGGGACUCCUCAAAGCAAAGCCAAACUCGACCCACUGGUCUAUCAGAGACAUCGGCGCCAAAGGCUACAUCAGCUCCGUCGUGACGCAGAAUGUCGACUCCUUCCAUUCCACCGCCCACCCCGAGCUACCCACGCUUGAACUCCAUGGCUACUUGAGGUCCGUGGUCUGCAUCAGCUGCCGGAACCAGUUUCCCCGCAAGGAAUUCCAGCAAUCGCUCGAGAAGCUCAACCCGGCCUGGGCGGAGUUCGUGAAGAAGAUGGUCGACAUCGGGGCGCUGGAUACGGAUCACCCCGAGGAACAGCGACGGAGAGGCUUGAAGGUCAACCCCGAUGGCGACGUAGAUGUGCCUGAGGCGCCGUAUUCUACCUUCAGGUAUCCGGCAUGCCCGACCUGCUUGGAAAACCCACCUCCACUGCAGGACGGCACCCCCGGCCGAGUGGAGGUAGAGAAGGAUGGGGCCUGGCUUCCUACUUCCACGGCUGGGAUCUUGAAACCGGCGGUUAUCAUGUUUGGAGAGAACAUCGAUGCGAGGGUGAAGGAGGGGGCAGAAGAGGCCAUCGACGACGCGGGCAGGCUCCUGAUCCUGGGAAGCAGCCUGGCCACGUUUUCGGCCUGGCGGUUAGUGGAACGGGCGCAUAAGAGAGGGAUGCCAAUCGGGAUCAUCAACAUUGGUGGGGUGAGAAACGAGUCGGUCCUCUUUGGACAGGUCGAGCCGGAGAGCAGUGGCGCAUACCAGCAUGUCCGUUGCAGCCUUCCUUCCCAGGAGAUCCUCGGCCCCUUGGCAGCCCAACUUCCCUCUCUUGGUCACUGAAUGGAUGGAAUUAGGGGGGGGGGGGGG